AUGCGCCCUCGUCUUUCCCAGUUGGGCUGCGUGCUGCUGCUUGCCGCCAGCCCUGCGGUCCACGCCACCAUUGACCUCUUCGACUGGGAGAAGAUCCGGCUCGCAGACGCCGGCGUGGGAUCGCACAGCGUCCGCGCCCUCGAUCAUGGCCCGUCCCGUCGCGCCGCCGACGCCUCGUGCAAGGUCUUUCCCGGCGACGCUGCUUGGCCGUCCGAGAGUCAGUGGGCCGCCCUCAACGACACUCUCGACGGCGCCUUGAUCAAGUCCGUGCCGCACGCCAGCGUCUGCUACGAGGGACCGUAUUACGACGAGGCGGCGUGCGCCACCAUCACUGCCAAUUGGACGAAUUCGUACAUCCAUGACGAUGACCCCAUUGAGAUGCUCAGCCCUGUCUACCAGGGCCUGACGUGUCAGCCUCCGACGCUAUACGAAGGCGGCAUCAACUCGGGGAACUGUACGCUGGGCGGCUACCCGGCGUACGCCGUGGCGGCCACCACCGUCAAGCAGAUCCAGGCGGCCGUCAAAUUCGCCGGCGAGACGGGCGUCCGGUUCGUCAUCAAGAACACCGGGCACGACUUCUCCGGCAAGUCUGGCGGCGCCGGCGCCUUGUCCGUCUGGACCAAGAACCUCAAGGGUACCGCGUACGAGGAGAACUACGUCGACGAAGGCACGGGCUACUCGGGCCCGGCGUUCAAGGUCGGCGCUGGCGUGCGCGCUUGGGAGGUUUACAAGGCUGCCGCCGCCGAGGGCAAGGUGGUGGUUGGCGGUGAGGGCCAGACUGUCGGUGUGAUGGGUGGUUACAUCCAGGGCGGCGGACACUCGCCCCUCAGCUCUCUGUACGGCAUGGCGGCCGAUCAUGUCCUCUCGAUGGAGGUGGUGCUGGCGAACGGCACCUUCGUCACCGCGUCGGCCAGCGAGAACCCGGACCUCUUCUGGGCGCUCAAGGGCGGCGGCGGCGCAACCUACGGCAUCGCGACGUCGACGACGGUCAAGGCGUGGCCGGAAAUGCAGGUCACAGCGUCCAAGUUCUCCUGGACGUCGGCCAACAUCAGCAACGAGACGUUCUGGGCGGGGGUGCGCGCCUACCUCGACUACUUCCCGGAAAACGCGGAGGAGCAGCAGACGUACAGCUACUGGUUCAUCAUCCAGCUGGGCGGCGGGGUCAAGCAGUUCCUGAUGCAGCCCUUCUUCGCGCCGAACAAGACGCUCGAGCAGACGCAGGCCAUCCUCGCGCCGUGGUUCGCGGACCUCGCGGCGCUGGGCAUCGGCUUCGCGCCGCGCACGACGCACUACGACAGCUUCUACGAGGCGUGGCAGGGCGAGUUCCCGCUGGAGGUGGUGCAGAAGACGCAUGUGGCGACGGGGUCGCGCCUGUUCCCGCGCAGCGCGUGGGACGACGAGAGCACGCUCAACGCGACGUUUGACGCGCUCCGGGCGUCGUCGGACGCGGGCAACACAAUCAUCGCCUUCAACAUGGCGCCCCGGCUGCACGCGGGCAACGCCGAGAACAGCGUCAACCCGGCGUGGCGCAAGACGGUGAUGCACGCGCUGCAGAGCGUCAACUGGCAGAACAACAGCACCCGCGACUACAUCAUGGAGCGGCGCACCUGGUUCAACGACGUCGCCAUGCAGCGCUGGAUCGACGUCAGCCCGGGCGCGGGCUGCUACCUGGGCGAGAGCAACCGCAUGGAGAGCGGGUGGAAGCAGUCGUUCUACGGCGAGGCCAAUUACGAGCGCCUGCUCGGCAUCAAGAAGCAGGUCGACCCGGACGACGUCUUCUGGGCGGCGACGGCCGUCGGCAGCGACGCGUGGGCGGUGGAUAGCGUCGACGGGCUGCCGAACGAGAACGGCCGGCUGUGCAGGACAGGGGCGUGA